AUGGACAUCCCUGAUCAGCCUCCUCCUCCUCCUCCUCACUCAUGCCGAAUCUGUCAACGGCUGGUCAUUGACUUUGGAGAGAAGGACGAUGCCUGGGUCGAGAGAACUCUCGCUCGUCGAUAUGACCCUCAUCCAAGUGAGAAGGCCCAGCGAGGCCGUGAGAAGUUUUGCGAGCUCAUGAGUUUGAGGGACCCAGCUAAGGGGCAUCCUCUACACAUUCGGCACGAUGAAAUCAUAUUUGACUUCUCGUUGGGAGAGGCUCACGAAGCCGCGAGUGAGGGGUGUCUGUUUCUACAGCGCUUGGUAGAACUCUUAAACCGCAAUCGUGAGGAUGACGAUUCGCUGCUGGCCUGCAUUGAUUCGCCCCUAGAACCAUUGAUCGCUUUCCAGGUCGUCCAAGGAAUAGAACGCUUGAAAGAGACAGCCGAACCAAUACAUCCGUUUGAAGCGAGAUUUCGUCCGAUCUUUAAAGAAUAUAAGAGGUUCGAUAUCGUCGCGCAUCCUGGUGAUUUCAGGCCAUUGCACAUUGCAGUGAUGCUGCUAAUUGCGCGUUAG